AUGGCAAUUGUUAGACGAGAUAGAUCUUUGGAAGGUUUUUUACAUAAAAAUUUAGAUAAAAAUAAGUCAAUAAAUAACUCUAAAGAUAAUCAAGUAAAAAAAAAGACAUUUUAUAAGGAAAUAAAAAAAAAAAGUAUUGGAGUUGAUGAUCUUACAUUAUUAUCAAAAAUUGGGGAUGAAACUAUUAAUGAUAAUUUGAAAAAAAGAUUUGAAAAUAAAGAAAUUUAUACGUAUAUUGGACAUGUUCUUAUUAGUGUUAAUCCUUUUCAAGAUCUCGGAAUAUAUACAGAGGAAAUUUUACAUUCAUACCGAGGAAAAAAUAGGUUAGAAGAAAAACCUCAUGUAUAUGCUAUUGCAGAAAAUGCAUUUUAUAAUAUGGCUGCAUAUAAAGAAAAUCAAUGUAUUAUUAUUAGUGGGGAGUCAGGAGCAGGAAAAACAGAAGCAGCAAAGCGUAUUAUGCAAUAUAUAGCCUCUGUUUCCAAGGGAAAUUCAUCUCAAAUUCAAGAAAUUAAAAAUAUUGUUCUUGCAACAAAUCCGUUACUCGAAUCUUUUGGAUGUGCAAAAACUCUUAGAAAUCAUAAUUCAUCACGUCAUGGGAAAUAUUUAGAGAUCCAGUUCAAUUCAGAUUCAGAGCCUGUAGGUGCAAAUAUUACAAAUUAUUUACUUGAAAAAGGCAGAGUUAUUAGUCAAAUAAAAAAUGAAAGAAAUUUUCAUAUAUUUUAUCAAUUUACAAAAAGCGCUAACCAAUAUUAUAGAGAAAUGUUUGGCAUUCAAGGACCUGAAUCGUAUUUUUAUACAGGCACUUCUGAAUGCCUUAAUGUUGAAGGAAUGGAUGAUUCAUCAGACUUUUUAGAAACAUGCAAAGCAAUGGAAACCAUAGGACUUACUUUGAGUGAUAAGGAUAAUAUAUUUAAAAUGCUUUCUAUAAUUCUUUGGCUUGGUAAUAUUCAAUUUCAAGAAGAUAAGGAAGGAAAUGCAGUUAUUUAUGAUGAUGCAGUUACAAAAUUUAUUGCGUAUCUUAUGGAAGUGGAUGAAAAAUCUAUCAACAAAGCAUUAACUAGUCGCGUUUUAGAGACACAAAAAAGUGGACGUAGAAGAUCUAUUUACGAUGUACCAUUAAACCCCCUUCAGGCCAAUUCUACAAAAGAUGCAUUAGCAAAAUCUAUUUAUAAUAACCUAUUUGAAUGGAUAUUAAAAAAAAUAAAUUUAAGUAUGAAAGCACGUGGAAAUAUUUCUUAUACAAUUGGAAUUCUGGAUAUCUACGGGUUUGAAAUUUUUGAAAAUAAUAGCUUUGAACAAAUUUGCAUUAAUUAUGUCAAUGAAAAAUUACAACAAAUUUUUGUCGAACUUACUUUAAAAGCAGAACAAGAAGAAUAUAUCCGUGAAAAAAUUAAAUGGACACCAAUAAAUUAUUUUAACAAUAAAAUUGUAUGUGAUCUUGUUGAAGCAAAAUAUCCUCCUGGAAUAUUUGCAGCUUUAAAUGAUGCGGUAGCUACUGCGCAUGCUGAUUCUGUUGCAGCUGAUAGCUCAUUUAUUCAAAAACUUAACCUUUUAACAUCUAAUCCUCAUUUUGAACAACGACAAAGUCAAUUUAUUAUUAAGCAUUAUGCAGGAGAUGUAACAUACACUGUUCAUGGAAUGACAGAGAAAAAUAAAGACAAUUUACUUAAAGAUUUGCUUAAUUUAAUUGCUAAAAGUGAAAAUACAUUUCUGCAUGAAUUAUUCCCAGAAAAAGUAGAUAAUGAUUCUAAGAAAAGACCAUCUACAUCUGCAGAUAAAAUAAAGCUUUCUGCAAAUACUUUAAUGGAUAAUUUAAUGAAAUGUCAGCCUUCUUAUAUUAGAACCAUUAAACCAAAUUCGAACAGAUCGCCAACAGAAUAUAAUGAAAAAGAAGUCCUUCAUCAAAUAAAAUAUUUAGGUCUACAAGAAAAUAUAAGGAUUAGAAGAGCUGGAUUCGCAUAUAGACAAACAUUCGAUAAAUUUGUUGAAAGAUUUUAUCUAUUAUCGCGAAAAUGUAGCUAUGCUGGGGAAUAUAUUUGGAAACAUAGUUCUCGUUCAGCAUGCGAGCAGAUUUUUAAAGAUAUAUCUGUACCUAAUUCAGAAUUUCAGAUAGGAAUAACAAAAGUAUUUAUUAAACAUCCAGAAACUCUUUUCUCUAUGGAAUCUAUGAGAGAUAAAUAUUGGCACAAUAUGGCCAUUAGAAUACAACGUGCAUGGCGCAAUUACUUAAAAUAUCGUAAUGAAUGUGCUAUAAAAAUUCAAAGAAUUUGGAGAAAAAAUAAGAACAUAAUAUAUUAUAUUCGACUUCGAAAUGAAGGACAUCGAAUUCUUGGAGGAAGAAAAGAAAGACGUAUUGCUAGCUUACUGUAUAGUAGAUAUUUCAUAGGAGAUUAUUUGGACAUCAAUUCCAACGGGGACUUAGGAAAAAUGUAUAAAAAGGCUAUAAAUAUUAAUGACCUUAAAGUAGAAUUUUCAUGUACUAUUGAACUUUUAUAUUCUAAACUUGGUCGGUCUAGCAAAACAAAACCAAAAGACUUUAUCAUGACAAAUAAAAUGAUUUAUAUAUUUGCAACUACUGUUCUUAACAAACAACUUAAUAUUUUUAUUGAAAGAUCUAUUGAAUUAAAUAAUGUUCGUUGUGUCUUACUUUCAUCCUUGAGUGAUGACUGGGUUUGUCUUAAACUUGAUAAUAAAAAUGAGCCGGAUCUUUUUUUUUCAUGCGUUUUUAAAACAGAACUUAUAACUCGUUUAAAACACAUAUUAUAUAAUUUAAAUCUUCAAAUAGGAUCUACUAUUGAAUAUAAUAAAAGGCAAGGGAAGAUCUCUACUGUUAAAUUCGUUAUAAAUUCAAAAAUUCCUACGAAUAAUAUAUAUAAAAGUGGUAUUGUAUAUGUUCUUCCUGGAGAACCAUCUAAUAGUUUACCAAAAACUACUCUUAAGAAGAAAACCAUAACAUGUGAAACACCAAAAAUUAACACAUCAAAUUUAUUUACGUUUAAAAAUUCUUUAACUUCUGAAACAAAUUCUUCGAAUAAGAAAUAUAUUUCUAUUCCACCAUUUAGAAAAUCACCUACUCCACCUAUAAAUAAUCUAGGGCCUUACUAUGUUGCUUUAUAUGACUUCCAAGGUCAAACUUCUAAUGAAAUGUCUUUUAAAAAGGAUGAAAUUCUCUAUAUUAUACAUAAAGAAACUAACGGAUGGUGGUUAGCAAGAAAAGAUGGAUUAGAAGGAUGGGUUCCGAAAAAUUAUCUAAAAGAAAGACUAUAA